AUGUUUGAAACAUGGGUUAACGAUAAGGAUUACGGGGGACGGGAAGGGGAUGUUUGGCCUUCGGGUCCUGCUGUAGUUAAAGCGAAUCUGAACCUCCUCGGGAAUACUCGUCGAAUUAUCGGAGCUUGGAACGAUCGAAUGCCGUGGUUUUACCUGGAAUUUGGGAUAUUUGUCCUCCUUUGCUGUAGAAUUCUGGACGGAUUACAAAUUUCAAAGGGUCAAAAUGCUGGAGAACCUGGAGAUACCAGAAAGCUUACUGUAGCUACUUCUGUUGUAGGAGAGGAUGCUGACAGGGAUUUGUCGGUUCUGGACCUGAUCCUAGGAUCGCUGGCAUUCAGGGUCGAGACUUUGUUGUCAAUCAAGAUGUUCAUCUUGGCCUCGAACAAGUCAACGAGUCACGUAUUCUAUGCAAGACAGGCUAGAAACAGGAGUUCCAAAAACACCAACCAGUUCUCGAUGGGAUAUGCAUGUUUACAUCAUCCACAAUCACGACGCUCACUCGGGUCAACAAGUCAAACAUUUUUAACCCAAAUUUUGCCCGAAGAGGUCAAAAGGUCUAUGGAGUCCUGGGGUGCCGGUCCCGAGAGCCUGGAACUUCUCCGAUGCUCUGUCAGGACUUAUGUCGCCUUGCCACUUCGAUUACCGCUGUUUCUGCCACUGCACAUACCAUUGGCCAGUAAUGUCAGGAAUAUUAAGAAAGGAAAGGGCCUGCAGUUGGAUGGGGUUUUCGUGCGAUAUGUACGGUGGAUUAUCGCCGGUGCCGAUGUGGAGGCCAGGGAUGGGGACGCUAGUGCUUUACCCAACACCAACGUUAAUACAUUGAUAAACAUGGGGGGCCGAAGAGGGGCAAUAAUAACAGGGCAAUCAUAUCUCUCGGACCAGCGUUGCCUCCCCUCAACAUGCGGAAGUUCUUCCCCGAUCAAAAUGGAUGCGUUAUGGAUUGGCGAAUCCCAUAAUAGCUCCAUUUUCCUGGUGAUACCUGCUCGUACAGCGCCAUUUCGCCAAGGCCUUAUUGGCUUUCCAUAUCACAAGUACGGAAAAGAAAAUCAGCCCGCAAGUCGGGAUAGAGGUUCGUUUCUCCUGCCAUUCUAUACGCCAGUUCGACUGUGCUAUGGUCAUCAGUCACCUGCCUCCCUUGACUUUGGACUCAAUGAUCGUGCGGAUCAAUGCAUUACAGCGGAUAGAGAAGCCUUUUCUACUGGAGAAGCGGUAUCACACGUGUCUGGAUACUGCUGCCAUGCCCUGGUCAGGUGGUAUAUCAUAAUCUUUGGGAAUGAAGCAACAGGUCAUCGUAACAAUACUUAG